GGCGUACUACUUUUAGCUUUUUUGCUGUUAUUAUGCAAUUUUUUUUUUUGAUUGACCAGAUCAGUUUGUUGAUGGUUCUCGUGCAGUGCAGUGCAGUUGUGCACCUUCCUACUACGUUAACUUCCCUCCAAAACGAUUCUUCUCCCCCUAGGGUUUUUUUCCAUGCUGCUGCUAAAACACGCAUGUACUGCGUUUCUGUGUUCGCAGGGGCACAUGGAGCUGCCCCACUGCCUUAGCUAUUGUUUAUGCUUUUGUUGAGUGAUUUGCGUGGAAAAAUGUGUGGUCCUUUUGCGGAUUUUCUUCAAGUUUUGUUGCGUUUCAGACUUGGCUACACCAAAUGCUCGAAGAUUGAUUUGACGUGUAGUUUUUUGUAUAGUGAGCUUGGGUACUGAGCCUUUACAUUGUGGCUGGUAUUCUUCUUAUGGCUUAAUAUUUGCUGGUACUUUGAAUUAUUAUUAUUGCUAUAAAAGGUUGGAUUUGUUAGGGAUUUCAAUUCUGUGGAACUGUGUUUGCUCAAGUUUUCUUGUUUUAUGGAUAUAUUAUGUAAAUAGUCGUUCUUGGUGGUACUCAAUUCUUUUGGUGGGUUCUGGUUUAUUUAUUGAGUAAAUUUACAAGUUUGGAAAGCUAGGAAGUAGUUUGUAGAGGGUUUUGAGUUGGUGGUGUGGUGAAGUUUGAUUGUUUUAAGGGUUAGUAGAUGAAAUAUGGAGAGCAAUGGGAAUUGUAAAAUUUCAAGAAAUUUAGAGGAUGUGGUUGAAAGCCAUCCAGGGGAGAAGAGUAUGUUCCAGAUUCAUAGUAGUCACUCAUUGAUUCAAGAUGGGAAUCAAUCAGUUAUGAGCCGAACCAAUGGAGAUCAUGCUGGUAGCCCAUUGGAAGUUUCUGGAAAGUCUGAUGAUGUCAUUGUGUCUGAUGCAUUUGAAAAUAGGAUGAGGAGGUUGUCUUCUGUAGUUGGUACUUCUUCCAAUGUGCAAUCUGAUGCAUCUUCUCCGGAAUCACCAUACCGUAGAGCAACAUCACUGCCGGGUGCAGAUCUGAGUUGGAGUGCACCACCCCGAGCCCGAAGAGGUUUGGGGCAUAGCAUCACUGCACCUGCAUCGGCACACAGAAAUCUCGUCCUUGAAGGCCAGGAAGGUGUAUUUUCAAGAUCUAUGACUGAUAAAAAGAUCACUCCAAGGCACGAACUGAGAUUAGAUAGACUUUCUGAGCGUGAGAAGCAAAAGCUCAUUGUAGAGCUAGUAAAGAUCCAAAAAGACGGGACAGUGGAGGUUGAUCUAACUAAGAGUGCUCCUGUGGCUUCUGAACUUUUGGAGCUUCAUACACUUGAAAGCCAACUUCCUAGCAUUGAUAGGAUUGUCACUGAAUCUAACAAUAAGUUGGUCCCAAAAUUGAAGAUUGCAGUGCUUGUAGUGGGAACAAGGGGAGAUGUUCAGCCAUUCCUGGCUAUGGCUAAGAGACUUCAGGAAUUUGGUCAUUCUGUUAGGCUGGCCACUCAUGCCAAUUUCCGUGAUUUUGUGAAGUCAGCAGGUGUAGACUUCUAUCCUCUGGGCGGUGACCCUCGGGUUUUGGCAGGAUAUAUGGCCAGAAAUAAAGGCCUCAUUCCCUCAACACCAGGAGAGAUUACAGUACAGAGAAAACAGUUAAAGGCCAUUAUUGAAUCACUUCUUCCGGCUUGUACUGAAGCAGAUCUUGAAACUGGUCAGCCUUUCAGGGCUCAAGCAAUUAUUGCAAAUCCUCCUGCAUAUGGACAUGUUCAUGUUGCUGAAGCCCUUGGAGUACCUCUUCACAUAUUUUUCACAAUGCCUUGGACGCCGACUUAUGAAUUUCCACAUGCAUUCGCUCGUGUACCUAAAAGUGCUGGGUACUGGCUUUCUUAUAUAGUUGUGGACUUAUUGAUAUGGUGGGGAAUACGAAGCUACAUCAAUGACUUUAGGAAAAAGAAGCUAAAUCUUCCCCCGAUUGCGUAUUUCAGUAUGUACUAUGGAUCAAUAUCUCACUUGCCUACUGGCUAUUUGUGGAGUCCUCAUGUUGUGCCUAAACCACAAGACUGGGGCCCGCAGGUUGAUGUUGUCGGUUAUUGUUUCUUAAACCUUGGAUCAAAUUACCAGCCUCCUGAAGCUUUUACCCAAUGGAUCCAAAGAGGAUCUAAACCUAUUUAUAUAGGUUUUGGAAGCAUGCCUCUCGAGGAUUCCAAGAAAACCACAGACAUAAUUCUGGAAGCACUGAAAGUUACCGGACAGAGGGGAAUUAUUGACCAAGGUUGGGGAGGUCUUGGUACUUUACCAGAAAUUCCUGAAACUGUUUAUACGCUUUCGGAUUGCCCUCAUGACUGGCUUUUCCUGCAAUGCUCAGCUGUGGUUCAUCAUGGUGGUGCCGGAACCACGGCUGCAGGGCUACGGGCUGGGUGUCCAACAACUAUCGUACCAUUCUUCGGAGAUCAAUUUUUCUGGGGUGACAGACUUCAUCAGAAGGGACUCGGACCACCUCCAAUUCCUAUAUCUCAGCUCACUGUCGAAGGCUUAUCUGAGGCUAUAAGAUUCAUGCUCCAACCUGAGGUGAAAUCACGAGUAAUGGAGCUAGCAAGGCUAGUGGAUAGCGAUGAUGGAGUUUCAGGUGCUGUUGAUGCUUUUCAUCGCCAUUUACCCACAGAGCUACCAUUACCAACCGGCCCACCUUCUGUGGAAGAAACUGAAAGUCCGAAUCCUUUGCAAUGGCUUUUUAUAAAGAUUGGCAGCCUCUGUUCCCUGGCUUGUGGCUCUAAAUCUUAGGUUUUGAAGACAUUAUACAGCCAUACAUUUGUUCUUCUGUUCAUGCUUUCAUCAUAUCCAUCAUUCAUUUUAUUCAUAGAAAUAAGGGAAUUUAUCUGUUCAUAUGUGUUUCAUAGUCAGAUGUAGUGAAUAGGAUUAUAUUGUGUUGAGGCUUUUCUGUAAUAAUUGAUUAUUUGAUUUGGGAAUGCAACUCCUCUCUUUUAGGCUUGUUUUAGGUUCAGCAAUGUCUGGUUUGAUUCUUGAGCUUUGAAGGAAAUUGAAAUCAGAA